UCAAAGAGUUGCCCGUACAGCUCGCGGUUUCCGUGCUUCUUCUUCCGUUCCAAUUGAACUCUGAUCUCCUCCCGCAGUUCAUUUCAAAGCUCCCUUCCCCCACUCACAUUAACAAUCGAUUAUUCGAUCAUCUCAGUCAACAUAUGCAGCCCCUUGUUUCAGUUAAUAUUUCCAUCGGCUCUUUUUGCUUUUUGCAGGCUUUAUAUCAUCUUAUUAGGAAUUUAGGUUAGCAUUUGCUUUGGUUCCUUUUCUGCCUAUUUCAAUCUUCAUUUUGUAAUUUUGAGUAGAGGAACCAUACGGGUAUGUGAAAUUUUUGCGUUUUUGCGUUUGUUUUUUCAAAAUUUUAUAUUCACUGUAGGAAGAUGGGUCGAUGUGAUUUUGCUUUUCUUGUUACGUUUGUUUUUUCUGGUUAUUACCAUCAUUAUUUUGACAUUUUGGGUAUUAGGAAAUGUUUGGUUUGUUGGAAUUUUGGGUCUCUGGUGCUGAGUUUUGACACCACCUUUUAGGUAUCUGGGCAAGUGUUGUUUCGGGUUCUUUGGGGUCCUUUUUUUUUUUACUUUGAUAAUUUAUUUGAUUAUUUUUUGAGGUUCUGGCUACUUGGAAAUUGGCAUUAUGCAAAGGUUUCGUAUCAGUCAUUCGAUAUUUGGAUUAGGACUGCUUUUGGUUCUCUUGUGUCCUAAUAUUUCUGCCUCCUUCUAUUAAUCAUUUUGAGGUUUUUGAGUAUUUUAGAUUUUGGGAAUCUGGCCUAAGUUUUUCCUGGAAAAUUAGAUUUUGAUUUUGGAAAAUUUCCUAUUUUUGAUUACUCCCUUAACAUUGGGACUUAUGGCCAAUGGAAGAGAAGAAAUGGGAAUUCUCAAAUAUGAAACAGGAGGAAGUUCACCAAAACAUCAUAAGAAUCAGAGAGAUCCCACAUCAAUGGAGAAUGCGACUGCAAUGCUUGGCCCAAAGCGCCUAAUAAAGAAGCAUGAAUUUGUGCGGAUUAUAAUUCAAUGUCUGCAUUCACUAGGCUACAAAAAUUCUGCAUCCUGUUUGGAGUCUGAAUCCGGUAUUUCACACAAAUCCCCGGAGUCUAAGUUGCUUGAGAUGCAAGUUCUUAAUGCAAAUUGGGAGGACAGCAUUGGUAUACUUAAUGGAAUUGAAGAUUUGACUGAUGAAACACGAGCUUCAGCUUUGUUUCUAGUACUUCAGCAGUGUUUAUUGGAGUGUUUGAGUCGUGGGGAUGACUCUUCUGCUUUGGCCAUUUUACGGAAACGGGUUUCACCAUUAAAGGUGGGCAGGGAGAAAGUCCAUAACCUUGCAGCAGGUAUGCUCUCGUUAAAGGAGAUGGGAAUGGGUAAGAUAGAUGAUAGCAGUAUUUGUGAAUUAAGAAGGAAAUCGUUGGUAGAGUUGGAAAAAUUGCUACCACCACCAAUUACAUUGCCAGAAGGACGGUUGGAACAUUUAGUUGAAACUGCUAUUACUGCUCAGAUGGAUUCUUGUAUCUAUCACAAUUCAUUCAGAGAAAUUUCACUCUAUGAGGAUCAUUAUUGUGGUAGAGAUCAGAUCCCUACUCAAACAGUUCAGAUUUUGACUGAGCAUAAGCAUGAGGUUUGGUUCGUACAGUUUUCUCAUAAUGGGGAAUACUUAGCCUCAUCAUCAAGGGACUGUGCAGCCAUCAUUUGGAAGGUGUUGGAAAAUGGGGUACUGAUAUUGAGACACAUGCUACAAAGCCACCAAAACCCUGUAUCCUUUGUAGCAUGGAGUCCCGAUGACACAAUGUUGCUCACAUGUGGAAAUGGGGAAGUUCUCAAGCUAUGGGAUGUGGAAACAGGUACUUGCAAGCACACAUUUGGAGAUCAUGGGUUCAUUGUCAGCUCAUGCGCUUGGUUUCCUGACUCGAAGCGAAUUGUGUGUGGAAGCUCUGACCCUGAAAAGGGUAUCUACAUGUGGGACUGUGAUGGCAACGAGAUAAAGGCAUGGAAAGGGAUGAGGAUGCCCAAGGUUUUAGAUCUUGCUGUGACACCUGAUGGGGAAAAUCUUAUCAGCAUAUUUUCUGAAAAAGAAAUCCGGAUAUUGAAUGUAGGAACAAAUGCUGAGCAUGUCAUUUCAGAGGACUAUUCAAUCACAUCCCUUUCAGUUUCCAGGGAUAGUAAGUUCCUAAUAGUCAACCUAAACAGUGAAGAGAUCCAUAUGUGGGAUGUUGCUGGGAAGUGGGAGAAGCCACUGAAGUAUACGGGCCACAAGCAAAAUAAAUAUGUGAUAAGAUCCUGCUUUGGUGGGUUCCAUUGCACAUUCAUCGCUAGUGGAAGUGAAAAUUCACUGGUCUACAUCUGGAACCGAGGAAACUCUACACCGCUCGAGGUUUUGUCCGGCCAUCUAAUGACCGUGAACUGUGUGAGCUGGAACCCUAGAAGGCAUCAAAUGUUGGCAUCAGCUAGCGACGAUCAUACAAUCCGUAUAUGGGGACCGAGCCAGCCCAGAAACAUAACAACCACCUGAAAAGUGAAUCAAUUUCCACAACCUAUGUAUAUAGCUUGCCCCAUUUUCUUAUUCAUUCAUGCAUUUGUAAAUCUGUGGACUUACCACAAUUUGUCUUAUAAAUUUUGUAUACCUUUCUUUCCUCUUCCCUUGUAAAUCCCCAAUUCUAGCCACCUAUUCUCUCCUGCAACUCUUGAGCAUUUUCUAAAUAUUUAGACAUGGGUAGCUUUUUCAAUGAGGCUGGUUCUAUUUUAUGAGAUGUAGUUGAGCUUAGCCUCAAUUCAUACUCGAGCAUAAGGGAAAGUUAUGAAUGUAGUGCAGUAUUUUUUUCUCCAAUUGUUA